CACCGAAGAUCCAUUAGCGCGCGGACACUAUCAGCGCAGCACAGCUGCACGAGUACUUGUAUUCAGAUGUCUUUUUGAACAGUUACUCAUGUAAGAAGUUAUACACGACUUUUAACAAGGCGAAUAUUACAACUUUUCAAGAACAUCACACCAAGGCUGAAGUCGCAUUUUGGGACACUAUGCAUUGUCAAGCAGAGUUGAGACACGCGAACACCGCGCAGCUGAAAGCAGCCCGAAGACGAUACAAGACUUUCAUGAUCGACGAGAUCCUAUCCAAUGAAACUUGUGAUUACUUCGAGAAACUUUCUCUUUACUCGGUUUGUCCCUCUUUAAUCGUCAGACCCAAACCUCUACAUUCAUGCUCAGGCUCUGGCCCUCUGAGAACAUACCCUCUCCUCUCUGUGAUUACACACCAACCUCCCAGCAGCCUACCACAGCUCUCUCAGGCCUCUCCACAAGGCAGGAUCCCUCACCUGCCCCUCCUCUCCCCCCAGCACCCGCUCAGCUCAGAGCCCACGCCCAGCAAGACGCCUGUCAGCAUCAGCAGUGAAUCAGAGACAGAGCAUUCUGCCCCACGGCUCAAGAAGCCCCGCCGCAGUCGUACCAUCUUCACAGAGCAGCAGCUUUUGGGCCUGGAGAAGAAAUUCCAGAAACAGAAAUAUCUGUCCACUCCAGACAGAUUGGACCUGGCUCAGUCUUUGGGACUCACACAACUCCAGGUGAAGACAUGGUACCAAAACAGACGCAUGAAAUGGAAGAAAAUGGUGUUAAAAGGAGGACACGAGGCUCCCACCAAGCCCAAAGGCAGGCCUAAGAAGAAUUCCAUCCCGACCACAGAGGAGAUUGAGGCAGAGGAACGGCUUGCAGCGAAACUGGCAGAGGAGGAGAGGCUACAAAUAAAGGGCCAGGAUGAAGUGAAGCUCCAGGCGCAUGGGGAGAUCUUUCAAUCUCAGCCUCAAGAUCUGAGCACAUCUGUUAUGUCUACUGAUCCCAUCUGUCCCUCUGGUCCAGAGAAUUCUGCUCGAGAACAAGUCCCUCCAUCUCCAUCAGAAGCAAUGGCAAUCAGCUAAACACAGCCACGCAAAUGCACAACCAAAGACAGCUAUUGAAAGACUUUUUCAUAACUGAUGCUCUGUUGAGCAGUUGAAAGGCUUCCAAAGCCUAUUUUUGAGAUGAAUACCGUAGCCUCAAAAAUUAUUUGGAUAUUUAAGCCAGUGGUUUCCAACCUGGGGUUCACGCCCCCGGUAGGGGGGCGCCAGAGUUCACAAUGGGGGCGCUGAACCACAAAUGCUUUGAUGUUGUCAAAGAUCUAAAAAUGCACUAUCCCUGUAAGACAGCAUGUCAGUCCUUGUCUAACUCAAUGUGAUAUAAGCAAAAUCUCAAAAUAAAUAUUAAAAAACUGUCCAAAGACCUUGACACAUGGCAACUGUUUCAAAACUUAAACGUCACUCUACCAACCAAAGCAUCUUUGCACAACUGCAUGAGGAUGAAGCACACAAAGUGCUUGCAAGUUUCUUUUUCACUGAUCUUAAAAAUGUAUGGACUUUCUGCAAAUUCGUAACCACACACUGAAAAACUGCAAAACAUCUUAAAACUGCAUAACUUUUAAACGCUUUAUAAUGAGACCAUCAAUCAGCUCCAGGGUUCUGCAUCGAUAAUCACCAAAACAAUAUAUUAUUUGUUUGGAGAUACCACUUGGUUUGAUAUUUUGUUUUUCUAAUGCAAAGACAUGCAUACAUUUCUUAAGUGUGGCUUAGGUGUCCAAAUACUUUUUACAGGCUAAUAUAUAUGGUGAUGCAGUGAUCAACGAUGUAACAUUGCUUUAACUGUUUCUGUUACACAGCUGCCUUUCUACAAUGUAGUCGAUAUUUUAUGAACAUGUAAAGUAUAUUUUUUAACACUGGUAAUAUGUUGCCAGAUACACUAACAUAAAAAUGAAUCACACAGACCCACUGUCUCACACUAGUACGGCAUGUUCUAUACUGAUAAACAGUAAGUGUUUGUUUUUCUGGAUAAGUUCCUCUCAUUCUCUGUAAAUAUUACCUGUGUAAUUGCCACUGUAGUUUACGGUGCACCUGUGUACAUUAGCUUGGGAUUCUGUGCCAAAACACAUAUGUCUGAGAAGCUAAAAUGCCCUUUGAGGUAAUUUGUUCUUCUUCUGUUUUUUUUUUUUUUUUUUUUUUUUUUUUUUAAACAUCUCUGAAACUGCUGCCAUUAAAAGUUAAUAAGAUGGUUUAGUAUGAAUACCAGUGUAAACAUGUACAGAGUUCUGGAUUUUAAAUGGAAACAUGUGGCUCUUUUAAAGCAGGAUUGCCCAGUUUGGGUAAAGAUUAGCUUGCCAUUUUAAUGGACAAAGAAUCUGUCAACGGAGUACCACAAAAGAAAAUACAUUUUAAGUAAACAUUAAUGGUAAUAUAGAUUUAAGUAAAGCUUCUUAAGUGCCCUCUCUCAACCAAACAACAAUGUCUUUUCUGUUUGCAGAGUGAAAUAAUUGCUUUUGUUAUUUUUUAUGUGUGGCAUGCUUCAAAGUCAUUGUAUUUGAACUGAAUCCUGGCUUCAAAUCAUAUUUUGUAUGCAUAAACCCUUGCACGGCAGCUUAGUACACUCUGUAUGGCUGAAACACAUGAUAUAUGCACUCUUAGAUGUAGCAUGCUAGCUAUUGUAUUUUUCUUCCUUUUUUAUUACCUUUGGUAGAAAAAACAAGAGAAAAGAAAUUGUUGAACCCUUUUCCCCCUGCAGUAUGGUGCAUAACACCACUAAGUGCAGGCUGGUUUUAUUACUGUAAGAAAAACCACUUAAUCUGUCAGAGAUGCAAAGCAAUUAAUAAAUCACACUCGCACUAGUAAAACCUAAAAAAAAAAAAAAAAAAAAAAAAAA